AUGUGGUUGAUUAGGUUGCCUGAUGAAAACAGUGGAGUGGAGUAUGUGACAAGAUGGUUGAUGCCCAACAAGCCUUAUUCAAUUGGAAGAGACAGAACAUCUGAUGUGUAUUUGAGUCAGAAGUAUAUCUCCAAACACCAUUUUACAAUCAAAGUCGAUAAUUCGUUCAAUCAUAAAAAUCCUGAGGUGAUUCCUGAUCUCCAUUUGGUGUUGUAUGGAAAGGCAGCUACCUUUGUGAGCAAGAAACAGAUAUUUUCAAAUGGAAGUCAAGAUAGUCCAUCUUCCUUGAUUUAUAAUGGAAGAAAUUUGGCCAAAGACAAUACAAUACCAAUUACCAUUCAUCAUAAAAAAACCAAUUCAAACUUCACUUUUGAAAUUGUUUGGAAUCCAAUUUUAAUCUCUUAUUCAGCUGAUGAUAACAGUGAGAAGCUAAAUUUAGAUGAAAGCUUAGAAAACACAAAUAUUCACUAUACUACUCAAUUUUUAAGUUCGACAACUUAUACCUUAAAAUCUUUGAAAUACUCUUCUAAAUUAAUUAUAUCUUUAAUAAAUCAAACCCCAAUUGUCAAUUUUGAUUUUAUUACAAGUAUUAAAAAUGCUAUAAGCACAAAAAUUUCUGAUGUUCCGGAUUUGCAGAAUAAAUUAUUCAAUGAUAAGAAGAAUUUUAAAGUGUUUAACUAUUGCAUGAAUCCAUACAAUUUAAAUUUAUUGGAGUUUGAUUAUAAUGAGUUCUUUCCAAAUUAUAAAAAGUUUCUAGACGAUCCAUUGUAUGGCGUUGAUCAAGCUAGAAAGGUGCUAUUUAAAAAUACGGUUUUUAUUUUUAACAAUUUGAAUCAUUUUGAUUAUUUGAAAGUUCCAAUUCAAUUGGCUUCUGGAAAUUGUUUAUAUUUUGAUUUGUCUCCCCAUUUAUCAUCAUCAAAGAAUGACACCAAAUCAAUAUUCAAUCUGUUUACUAAUGCUGUGGAUGAAUGUAUUAGUGGGAGUGAAAAUAUAGAUAAAGAUGAGAAAGUCAAUUUAAUACUACUAAAGGUGCCAAAAAACUCUAAUCAUAGUAUUUCUAUAAAUGAUAUUGAGAACAAUAGCAGUAAGAUUGGUUUUAAUCUAAUACCUCAGUUGCAAUUAGAAAUUGCUCGAUACCUUAAUAUUUCUGUAGUAGAAAAUUUAGAUUUACUCAAUUCUAUUAAAAAUGUGGAUUUAUCUAUAUUAUUAAAUUUGAAACCUUCAAAACCCUCAGAUAUAGACCUGGAGUUUAGAUCUAUUUCUGAAAAUAAUUCAGCAGAUAUAACCAAUGGACUGAAAAUAGAUAGGAAAAUAAGUUCUCCAACAAUUGAAGAAGUUUAUCCUAAAAAUCGAUUAAAAAGGAGGAAAUUAACAAGAAAUAGAACUAUUAAAAGACAAAACGUUAUGGAUGUCUUUAAUAGUAUGUCCAGGCCUUCUUUUCUCGAGGAUGUUCCAGAAACAGGAACUGACAAUUUCUCGUUAGUAAAUAUGAAUGAUGAAGAGAAUAAUGUGCAAAUGGAGGUUAUUGAUGAAGAAAUUAAAUCAGAAAACAUAUCAGAAAAUAAUAAAAAUGUGAUAGAAGAUAUUAAAUCAAUUGGCACAAGGAAGCUUAAAAGAAGAGCUAAUAAAGUGAAAAGAUUAUCUAAUCCAUUGAUUAAAAAUGCUCCAUCACCCACUCAACAAAUAGUAAUAUCAGAUAAUGAAUCGGCAAUUGAAGAUUCUCCUAUUAAAAAGAAAAAAAUGAGCAGAGAAGAUAAAAUUGAUUAUAGUGACAGAAGUUUAAACAUAACAAAAUCUGAAAAACAACAAACUCCUGCAAUUAUUAAAGAACAAGACCAAGGCGAUAAUAAUCAAGAAAGAGUUGGUAAUAAAAGGAAAAUGAGUGAAAAAGCACAGGCCAAAAACAAUGAAGAUUUUCCGAAAGCAAAAAAAACGAAAAUUGAUGAUGAUGAUGAUGAUGAUGAUAAAGGCUUUGUACAAUUUAAGGAAAAAAAGAAAGCAGUGAAUAUAAAAGAGAUAAUUAAAGAUGCCAAAAAUAAAGAGCAGAAAAGAAUAGAAGCAAACCAAGAUCGUAUAAAUAAAGUUAUUGAUUCUAAAAUCAUUGAAGAAAGGAGUUUGAAGUGA